AUGACCAUCCACAUCUACCCCGCGACUCGUACUGUUGCCCCACGUCUCGCUAGUAUUCAUGUAUCAGCCUUCUCUUCCAACCGGCUCAUGCGCGCGAUAUAUCCUACACCGGCAAUUUGGGCGGCAUUUGAACGCGCCGUAGAAGAAAAGCUAAUUGCUGAUAUGCUUGAUGAGAGGACAAGUGUGGUGGUUGCACAAUCCACAGAUAUGGCAAAGGGUAGCGGAGGAGAAAUAGCAGGAUUUGCAGUGUGGUGCCACGCUUGUCCGGAAGAUGAAGAGGAAAGAAGCAGCGGCAUGAAAAAGACGUAUGCAGCACCGCGUUGGAAUCUACCAGAGGGAACAGAUUGGGACAUUUUAAACGCAUGGAGAGCUGCUGCUGCGAAAGUUGCAGACAGUACUAUUGGAGAUUGCCGACAUUACGAACUAUCCUGGAUCGCGGUAUCACCGAGCCAUGGCCGCCAAGGCGUAGGCAGAAUGCUACUUGACUGGGGCCUCAACACAUGCAACACGCAAGGGGUGCCUGCGUACUUGGAAAGCACCGUAGAGGCGGCCGAGACAUUCUAUGCAAAAGCUGGAUUUAGGGAAAAAGGGAGAAUUCAAUUGGUAGUCAAGGGCGAGUUGUACGAGGAAGUUGCUUGUGUAUAUGAACCCAGUAGUAUGCAAGACGAGGAUGACACGAGGCUGAGAUGA